ACUACUUCCCUCCUCUGCCGCCGUCGCUUCGCUGUGCCCUCUCUGAGCGCCCUCCCCACGGCCCCGCUGCCACGGCGGCUCCCCUCAAUGGGCCACGGAGGCGGAUUAUUGCCAUCGCUCAUCUGCAUUCGCCCUCCUCCCAGCCCUCCCCCUGCUCCUCCCUUCUCCGAAUCGCAGCCGCACCGCUCGGGCUGCCCGGCCACCCUGGGAUGGCCAGCGCCGGGAGAGCGGCGGGCCCGGGGCUGCCGUGAGAGAUGCCGCUGGAGGAUGGGGACUCGGUGAGGCUGGGGGGACGGCAGGACAACGGUGAGGUCAGCGGUAUCUCCCGGCUCAGGGGGAUGAGGGACCCCUCGCUCCGGGACACGACAGCACCUGGUGGCAGCAGGACAGACAUGAUGGCAGAGGGCUGGGAGCCGGGGACAGCACUGGGUGACGGGGACGUGACCUCCCGGGGAGCCCCACAGCGGACAGGGCAGCCCGAGGAAGCCUUGAUGAGCGAGCUCUCAGAGCUGGUGCAGAAGGUGGUGAAGAGCAGCAGCUGGUGGGAACGGCACGGCGUGGACAUCAGCAUCCUUGCCUGCAGCUUCCUCCUGCUCCCAGCAGGGUUCCUGUGCCUGCGGUCAGCCCAGGCCAUCCCUUUCCUGGCGGGUAUCCUCAUCCUUGGUGUGGUGCAUCAUACCCUGACUGUCAAGGGGAGCCACCUGGCCAGCCACAAUGCCUUGACUGAGUCCAAGUCCUGGGGCAAAGUGUGGGCUGUCUUCUUCAUUGAGCUCUGCUCAGCUUUCACAGUCGAGCAGGCCACCUACAACCAUGUUAAGAUCCACCAUGGCUACACCAACGUCAUCGGCCUGGGGGACUCCAGCACGUGGAAAGUUCCUUUCCUGAACUGCUACGUUUACAUGUUCAUCGCACCCCUUGCAGUGCCCAUUCUAACUCCUCUGGUUGCACUUGGUUUAUUGAGGAACGUGGAGUGGAAAGCAGCUCUCCGGACGCUGUGCUGCAUGUUUCUGGGGUUUUACUGCCAUUACUGGCUCCUGCUCCACAUCUCAGGCUUCCAGUCGCUGUGGUCUGCUCUGCUCUGCAUGUUGCUCACCCGCUCCCUCCUGGCCCAUCCCUACAUCCAUGUCAACAUAUUCCAGCACAUUGGCCUCCCCAUGUUCGCGGCCGACCGCAAACCCAAGCGGAUCCACCUCAUGAGCCUGGGUGUCCUCAACCUGCCCCGCAACGCCCUCCUCGACUGGUCCUUUGGCCACUCGCUCAUCAGCUGCCAUGUGGAGCAUCACCUCUUCCCCAGCCUCUCUGACAACAUGUGCCUGAAGAUCAAACCCAUCGUCUCCCAGUACCUGAAGCAGAAGAAGCUGCCCUACAAUGAGGAUACCUACAGCUCCAGACUCUGGCUCUUCCUCCAGAGAUACGAGGAGCUAAUGGUCCACGCUCCCCCCAUAACGGAGCUGGUGGGCAUCCAGUGA